UGAACAGUCUUCGGCUCCAGUCAGCUGUUCGGUAUACUUCGAGGCACGGAGAAUCAUGAAGCUCAUUUUUUACAUUUUCACGCUUCUAUAUUUAUACGUAUCGAACAGCCGUGCAAGUAGUAUUGACGUUACCCAGGGGGACGAGUACUUACGUAAAAUCGUCGAAGACGUGUGGAAUCAAUUAGUCGAAAACGACUUUUCGAAUUUACCAGUAGGCGAUUACGAUCUGGCGUACAAACUGUGCGUUAUAAUUUUCAGCACCACUACCUGGGGACACGAACUCGUAGGACAUGCUUACUACGAGGACGGAUUCGUGAUGGACAUUGAAUCUUUAGAAGUAGAUAAUCGUGGUACAAGUACAAUUAUUUCAAAGAGCGAAGUAACUCUGUACAGCACAGUGCAGUUUCGUAACCUUGAAGUUUUCUUUGACGUCAGAACAGAAUUUACCGUUGGUAACAAAGUAGGUACUGUUAUCAUAAGACCAGCGGUAUAUAUCUACAACAUACGCUUCACUCAAGAUCUCGCAACGAUGAACGUUGCUAGUGCUAUAUAUAGCGAAAGUAAUAAACAGGAAAAUUACGAUUGGGAUUUUAGUCCAGACGAUCCCCUUUUUGCAAGAAUAAAGAAGCAUUAUAUAUCGCAGGCAAGUGGCACUUCGAUAAUCCGAAAUGCCGUGUCAAACUGGAGACCAAUAUUAGAAAAAAUGUUGACUAAUGCCGUGAAGAGAACAAAAUUUCCGGAUUUGAUACUUUGAGAAGAAAAUAAUAAAAAAAAAAAGACGACGCGAAACACACCAAGAGUCGUAAGCGACUGUAACAGCGGAUUACGUCAUGCAUACACGUAGUAGGUAGUUUCGUACGAAAUUCAUUGAGAAGAGAUACAACCCUUUAAUUGUAGAAAGUGGCGUAACCCUUUAAUCCAGAGGGUUGUUGUUGUUAAGGUUGGAAGGGGCGUCGAGGGGACGUCGGGACGGUGCGGGGUGAAACGAAAAACAUUGAAGGAAGAAUCUAACCGGUUGAAUUCCCCCGGGAACCAUACUCGAAUUUCCCGUUUCCCUGUAUAGGAAGUGCGCUAAACUCCGUAAGGGGGGUUUGAGCCCCUAGGAUAUCCUAGGGUGCAGAGAAACAGCCUCGUUUAUCAAGUUCCUGACCUUUCGCCGCUCCCGCUAUUGCGAAUCCGCCUAAUAUACAUCCGCCGCUCGCGGUGCAUUCUGCACUACCCGAAAUGCACUGCGGACAAUCUGCAGCGAAGUUCGGUCUUCUAAGUAAAAACUGCACUAUCCCGGAAGUGUGUUUUCCGGUCGCAAUAGCACGGUGGAUAUAACGUGUGACGUUGCCCAACGUCAGACAACGAGUAUCGCGCUUAAAGAGAAUCACUGUCAUGAACAUAAUAUCGAUCCACGUAUAAUGUAUAAUGUUCUAGAAGCUUUUGGCCGUGAAGGCGAAGAAAUAUAAAUUCAAUAAAA